UACGCGUAAUAACCACCAAAACUUUUAUACCUUCCCAUCUUCCUAAGCAAAAAAACCGUUACUUGUAACAAUCACAUAAAUCAUUUCUCCUCGCCUCAAAAAAUCAUCCCUCUCCGUUUUCCGUUUUCCGUUUUCCGUUUUCCUCUUUCAAACAAUGUCGAGACAGACGUACAGAGUCUGUUUCUGUUUCCGGCGGCGGUUCCGGGUAGUCGCCGCCGAGGCUCCGGCGGAUGUAAAGAAUUUAUUCAAUAGAUAUUCCGAUAACGGAGUAAUGAAUGCAGAGAACCUACAACGAUUCUUAAUUGAGGUUCAGAAGGAGGAAAAUGCGAGUUUAGAGGAUGCUCAGGGUAUUAUGAAUAAUCUUCAUGACCUUAAGAUCCUUAAUAUUUUUCAUCGGAGAGGUCUUCAUCUUGACGCAUUUUUUAAGUAUCUUUUUGCUGAUAUUAAUCCUCCUAUUAAUCCUAAACGCGGGAUUCACCAUGAUAUGAAUGAGCCUUUGUCUCAUUACUUCAUAUACACAGGACAUAAUUCUUAUCUAACUGGGAAUCAACUAAGUAGUGAUUGCAGUGAUGUCCCCAUAAUACAAGCCCUGGGCCGAGGUGUACGAGUAAUUGAAUUGGAUAUAUGGCCAAAUUCCGCCAAAGAUGAUGUGGAAGUUCUGCAUGGAGGAACAUUGACCACUCCGGUUGCGCUCAUCAAAUGUCUGAGGUCUAUAAAGGAACAUGCUUUUACUGUAUCUGAGUAUCCUGUUGUGAUAACACUUGAAGAUCAUUUAACCCCAGAUCUUCAGGCAAAAGUUGCGGAGAUGAUCACUCAAACAUUUGGAGACAUGCUGUUUUCUCCCGAUUCAUGUUUGAAAGACUUUCCCUCCCCAGAAUCUCUGAAAAAACGUGUUCUGAUAUCAACUAAGCCACCCAAAGAAUACCUUCAGGCGAAGGAAGUUAAGGAAAAAGACUCGAAGAAAGGAACAGAGUCGCCUGAUACAGAAGCUUGGGGAAGGGAAGUUUCAGACCUUAAAGCCAGAUACAAUGAUAAGCAGGAUGAUUCUGAUGAAGGAGCAGGUGAGGAAGAUGAUGAAAGUGACGAAGGAGAUCCCAACUCGCAGCAAAAUGUCGCACCAGAAUACAAGCGUUUGAUUGCCAUUCAUGCUGGAAAGGGAAAAGGUGGAUUGUCAGAUUGGCUGAGGGUUGAUCCUGAUAAAGUAAGACGACUUAGCUUGAGCGAGCAAGAACUUGGAAAGGCUGUAAUUACUCAUGGAAAAGAAAUUAUCAGGUUCACUCAGCGGAACUUGCUCAGAAUAUACCCAAAGGGCAUACGUUUCGACUCAUCCAAUUAUAAUCCUUUUGUUGCAUGGACGCAUGGAGCUCAAAUGGUGGCAUUCAAUAUGCAGGGCUAUGGAAGAUCACUUUGGUUAAUGCAUGGUAUGUUCAGAUCCAAUGGUGGUUGUGGAUAUGUUAAGAAACCAGAUAUACUAUUGAAAGCAGGUCCUAACAAUCAGAUCUUCGAUCCUGAAGCAAAUUUGCCAGUCAAAACUACAUUGAAGGUGACCGUAUUUAUGGGGGAAGGAUGGUAUUAUGAUUUCAAACACACACACUUUGAUGCAUACUCGCCUCCAGAUUUCUAUGCAAAGAUAGGAAUUGCCGGAGUUCCGGCUGAUAAUGUAAUGAAGAAAACAAAGACACUGGAGGAUAAUUGGAUACCAACUUGGGAUGAAAAGUUUGAGUUCCCAUUAACAGUUCCUGAAUUGGCUCUACUUCGCGUCGAAGUUCAUGAGUAUGAUAUGUCUGAAAAAGAUGAUUUUGCUGGCCAAACUUGUUUACCUGUUUCAGAACUAAGACAAGGUAUCCGAGCAGUUUCACUCCACGACCGAAAGGGAGAGAAAUACAACUCUGUGAAGCUUCUUAUGCGUUUCGAAUUUGUCUAACUGUGAGUCGUUUGUUUUCUCUUAUGUGUCUGUGUAUGUUGUGGUAAAUUCUGUGUCAAUAUGUGUGCGCUGAGAUGUAAAUAACUUAUAUGUCGUAAAAUGUGUGCAAAUAUUUUUUGGAAAGUCGUCUGUCUCUUUGUAACUUCUGUAAUUGACAACAUAUGCUCUGAGAUGUAAAUAGAUGUAUGGUAAUACGUGUGAAAUUAAUUUUUGAAAAAUCUUUCUCAUUUUCA